ACGACGCACAAUGUGUGCGCGAGUUCAUGUCAUCUUCAUGAGACGUAUCUUGACUUCAUCGCAGACCAGUAGCUAGCUGGCUAACAAGCUACGUUGUUUACAAGAAUGGCCUCCUUAAAGAAGGGGAAGAAAGUGGUAAAUCAGGAGGAACUACGACGCUUAAUGAGGGAAAAACAAAGGCAAACCACAGACAAGAAGCGCAUCGAGUCUCCUUUUGCUAAAUACAACAGUCUCGGGCACCUCAGCUGUGUCCUGUGCAAUGUGCAGGUAAAGUCUGAACUACUUUGGCCGGCGCAUGUUCUUGGAAAACAGCACAAAGAAAAAGUUGCUGAGCUUAAGGGCGGAAAGAGUCAACCAGUGACACCACAGCUUCAACCAGUAAAGAGGAAAGGACCGGAGAACGAGGACGUUAACUGGAAAAAGGCGAAACCCUCGUUGGAUGCAGGCCAGCCUGCGUCGUCAGGGCUGCCAGGAGAUUUCUUUGAGAAACCCAGCGAAAAGGGAGCCUCCUCUACUCCAAGAUCUGCAGGUCUGAGUCUGUUGGCUGAAGGUUAUGACGAGGACGAUGAAGAAGACGCUACAGGGGCAGGAACCACGAACCCCCCUCCGCAAGAGGCUGAAUCGGCAGGACUACCCGCUGAUUUCUUUGACAGCUCCAUCCCAUCAACUCCUGCCAUCUCCCAUUCAGGAUCCAUCCUCAAAGCAGACGUGCAAGAGAAAAUCACAGAAAAGAAAGAGAACACAGCCGAGGCACUCCCCGAGGGCUUUUUCGACGACCCUGUGAGAGAUGCUAAAGUGCGCAACGUCGACGCACCCAAAGAUCACAUGGACAAGGAGUGGGACGAGUUUCAAAAGGAGAUACGACAGGUAAACACAAAAUCAGAGGCCAUCGUGGCGGAGGACGACGAGGAGGGCCGCUUUGAACGACAGAUUGAGGAAAUCGAUGAACAGAUUGAGUGUUACAAGAGGGUUGAAGUACUGAGAGACAAGCGAGAUGUGGCAAAGGGCAAGCCUCUGUCCACUAUGGAGGAACGCAUGGAGGUAGACGCCAGCGAUGAGGAAGAAGAGAAUGAAGAGGAGCUGCUGGGGCUUUUGUCCCGGGACUGGAGGGCUAAAGGGGCACUGGCCUAAGUCUCUCUAGAUUCUCAUACAACUAGGAGAGAAAAAAAAAAAAAUCUUUUUGUACAACUCUGUCAGCAAUCCAAUACUUGUAAAUAUGUUUGUUAAAAGCUCUUCGCCUGUUUUGGUAUAUAACAGCCUGGAUCAAAUAUGAUGCAGUGUUGUGGAGUGUGCUUGUAAAACAUUGUGUAGACAGCGUUUCUCAGUUCAUGACUUAAAGCAACCCGAUGGACAACAAAUCAAACUUUUCAACUUUGUGUUUAUUCAUUGGUGCUCACACAAAAACAUUCAUAAAAUCGUUCCAUGUACAGCAGCAGGGACCCACAAUCUGUCAUGAUGGCCAAAGCUGUUACAUUGUCCUCCAAAAACAACUAGUCGACUAGGUUAAGUUCAUAAAUAAUUUGUUCAUGUUACAUUAUAAGCAACAUGCAAAGCACAACAGAAUUAUUUAAGAAAUGUCCAAUGUUGAGUAAGACCAUAAAAGCAAAUUUAACCA